AUGAAUUUUUCCGUUGUUCAUGGUUUGUCAACUACUGUAAUUAUUGGAAUGGCAGUAGUGCUCUUCAUCCGUCUAGUGGGCAAGCAAGUUCCGUGUGAAGAUGAGUUCGCUCACAAAGCUGUCAUAGCGGCGUUCAACGACUGGAAGCAAUGCACUAUGGCACAUACGGACAGCAUGAGAAGCGAACCAGAAAAAGUCAACGGGUUUUUUUUUAUUGAACUGGCUCCUGAGCGUGAAUAG